CUGCAGUCCGGCGACUGGGACUACUUGGUUCCCAGGACAGAGCUGAGACUGGGGAAGCCUGCUUCCGGCCACAACUACUUCCUGGUUAAUUCCCAGCAGAAAUGGACCCACGUCAGACUCAACAUUUUCCCAGACGGUGGGGUCGCACGCCUCCGGGUAUACGGCGUGGGACACAAGGACUGGGCAUCCGCCGACCCCAAAGAGCCGGUGGACCUGGCGGCCAUGGCCAGUGGGGGCGCCUGCGUGGGGUUCAGUAACGCCCAUUUCGGGCACCCCAACAAGAUGAUAGGCGUCGGGCAGCCCGCGUCCGCGGCCGACGGCUGGGUGACCGCGAGGAGGCCCGACAGGCCGCCCGUGCUGCAGAGCGACGAGACCGGCGCCCUCCUCGUCCUCGGGGGCGAGUGGGCUGUUUUCCGCCUCUCACACCCUGGAGUGGUGACCCAAGUGGAAAUCGACACGACGCAUUUUGAAGGCAGCGCUCCCGCCAGCUGCCGCCUGGACGGCUGCAUCCUCACGGCCCAGGAGGAGGAGGACAUGGCCCGGCAGCAGUGGGACCUGCCAGGCCACCGGUGGAAGGCGCUGCUCCCGGCCACGAAGGUGAGGACCCGGCUGUGGCCGCCUCGGGCCCGGCUCCCGCACCCGUUCCCCAGCCCGUCCGGCCAGGCCUCCCGCCCACUUUAGCCGUCACGCACGCAGCUGUGCGUUUAUGUGGUAAGAGGCAGGGCUCCAGC